AGGAAAGGAUGACAAAGACAGACAGAGGGAGUGAGAGAGGGAGAGAGAGAGAGAGAGAGAGGGAAAGAGAGAGAGAGCAGGCAAUUACAGCCGGCUCCUCUCCAGCUCUCCCAAUUCUUCGCUUCCUUCAGGCCAAGCGGAGCGGCAGUACGCGCAAUAGGAUUUCAAGCCGAGGACAACGCGCAUCAACAGGAUCGGAGAUUUCCCGGGGAUUGGUCACCAAAGACGUGGGAGAAAAAGAGGAUACACUUCUGCAAAGAACCAUCACAGAGACUGUAGUGUGAAGGGGGGGAUCGAGUCGGUUCCUGCAGGUUUCGAGGCUCUUUUCUGCUACAGGACGUCUCCGGAUCGCACCUGUGCAUCGUGCAUGCCCCCCUCCCUCUAUCUCUCUCUCUCUCUCUUUCGCUCUCUGGGGAUAAAAGUGCGUGCAUCUUUUUUAACCGUUGUUACGCACGGUGAUACGCCGAGCUGGAGACACGCGGAUUCGGUCCUGGACGCACGAUGCUGAUCGGUACGUCGGCCCAGGGUAGCUCCCUCCUCGCUUCCCUCCCCAUCCCGGGACGGCCUCUUCAGCCUCAGAUCGACCUCAAACACCUCCUGCCCUUCAGGCUCAAUGGAUCCUCCCCCCUCAGCCUCUUCCCUAACUUUAAUACGAUGGACCCUGUCCAGAAGGCAGUGAUCAACCACACGUUCGGUGUCCCUCAGCCCCUCAAGAAGAAACAGAUUAUCUCCUGCAACAUUUGCCACCUGCGCUUUAACUCGACGAACCAAGCGGAGGCCCACUAUAAGGGUCACAAGCACGCCCGCAAACUCAAAGCCAUGGAGGCCCAGAAGAACAGGCAGCGGCGAUCCGGGGAGGCCUCGUCCGCGGGGAGGGAGAGAGACCGAGACAGAGACCGGGAGCGAGAGCGAGACAGGAGCAAGACAACGACGUCCGAGGCAGUUUUGCCUGCGCUCAUGGAGACAAGCUUAGUGGAAGGAACAGGUCUUCAAACUGAUCUAGAACCAGCCAACCUGGAGGUGAAGCCCGAGGAGAGUCCCCGGAGCUCAGUGAUGCUGACGCCAGUAUCGGAGGUUUCCUCUGUUGAGUUGGUCUCCCUUUCCCCUCCUCAGAUUUCACCUUCCUCACAGCUCUCUGAAACUGCCUCAGACAUCAGCGCCACAGAGGCCACGGAGGCCCCCGAGGCCACAGAGGCCACAGAGGCCCCCGAGGCCCCCGAAGCCGCAGAGGCCGCAGAGGCCGCAGAGGCCAGUGGCCUGACUGCUGAGACAUGCAGCCAUGCCGACACGUCUAGCACAAAUGGGGAGCCCCAUACAGAUGAGGACAAGGAGCCAAAGAAAAGCAAGGCUCACCUCCAUUGUCCUGUUUGUAAAGUCACAGUCAACUCCAUCUCCCAACUGGAAGCACAUAACAGCGGUACAAAGCACAAACUAAUGCUGGAAGGUCAGAGUGUUCUGCCCCGACGCCGGGGGAAAGUGGUCGCAGCUCGCACCGGGUGCAAAACCAAGCGGCUGGGCAGCAAAGGCAGCGUCGGGGUGCCCAGCAAGAACUACCAGUGUGAAGUGUGUGAGAUCUUUGUGAACUCCGAGACCCAGCUGAGCCAGCACAUGAACAGCAGACGGCACAAGGAUCGGCUGGCCGGAAAACCACCCAAACCCAAAUUUACCCCCCACACCAAGACCCAGCCAAGCUCCAGCUUAGCGAACAUGAGAUGGAGUGGCUAUGCAGGCCUGGCUGUGUCUGCCAUGAAGAAAGCGUUCAGCCAGUACAACCUCACCUCCCUCUCCGCCCUCUCCUCGCAGCAGCUUUUGAGGCUUCAGGUGACCAAACUGGCCUUGCAGAAGCAGCUGACCAAGAGCUUGACAACUGGCUUCCUGCCCAACCCCCUCACCCAACCAACUCUGUGCACAAUGGCAACUAACCCACUGGCUCUGCGCCACCCUGUGGGCACCACUACCUUCAUCCAGACCCCCUUCCUGGGCCCUGCACUGUUUCGGCCUGCCCCGGGUCCGCUGCGGGCCACACACACGCCAAUCAUCUUCUCCCCCUACUAAAGACGUAACCCACCCUCCCACGUGAGCUCCUCCCUUGUCCCCUGUACCAAACCCCAGGCCCAACUUCAGUGUGACCCACAUGACAAAACGUCACAUGCAAACUAUGCAGCAAGCCUGACUUAAGAUGGAAACAGUGCACAAGUCCUGAAACUCGGUAGGCCUCAAGGCCUGAGAGCUGUUCCUAUCGUAAAGGCCAAGAUCCCCUAUCAUGCCUUCUUUCUGCUCCUCUUAUCUUGACCUACGGAGCAGGACAGGCCUCCAGACAGUGACUGGUACACAGAGGCCGCUUUUAUAGCCAUUUCAUGGGUCAACAUGGUUUGGAAUCUGGAUAUAAUUGUGUAAUUUAUUAGAGAAUAAAUAUAGACAACUCUAGAUGUAUGUUUAGUGUGGUUGCCACAAAAUACGGUCCCUUUACUUGAUGCUCUUUUAAACUGUUUUUAACUUAUUGGUUUUGGGGGUUUUAUGAAAAGCUGUAACUGGUGUAUGACUGGAGCCAGUCUCAUUGAUCUCUAUACUGUACGGUCACAUUGCAUCCUGGAUAUGGCCAUUACCAAACAACUGUCGGAACAAGUGCUCCCUGUCAAAGUUCCACUUCUAAAAAGAACAAAUACGAGUCCUCUAUGUGGACGUAUGUGGAUCUAUAACUACAUACUGUAUAGCCAUAUGCUAAAGCCCUGUUAGCACCAUUGUGUACCUCCACUCCCCAACAGUUUCCCUGAGCCCUUCAAAACAUUUCAUCCCCUCAUUCUAUCUGAGUCACAGUCGUAUAGUCAGUACCCUCCAGAUUUGUUUUCCUCCCCUGUAUCCGCAGGAUAAGCUCUCAUUAAGUUCCAGAAAAGGUCAGCUUGUCAACUUGACUUUGUUUCACUUUGCAAAUCUGUCCUCAAAAUGAUUCCAUAUUUUUCUUCUUUGGUCCAGUGCAUCAUCCACGCGAUGCAGCGUGAACAUUAUGUUCUCGCCAAGCUAUAGCAGCAUGAAAACAUUUUUUCCGCGGCUGUGGACGUCUGACAUCGCAGAACGCCAUCAUUUCUUUCCCCCUCAUGACCGCUCUUUGUCUUUGCCUUCCUCCUUCAACCCCGCUGUCGUCACCUCUCCGCUGCCCUUGAUUUUCUCUGACAUUAUCUCAGCAUGAGAUGAUUAGCAGCACCCCCUCACACACACACACACACACACACACACACAUCAUGAAAACACAGCGGAUAACUUGAAGAGUUGAUGGGAUUAUUUCAGAGCUCGGCGAAAAGUUUGGAUGACAGUGGGUGGGGAGGCUGUUCCGACAGCAGGCUGCUUGAUUGACAUCCUGCUGCAGUGUCUGAAUGCGGCGUGGGUGGGGAAAAGAACAGUGCCAUGGCAACCACAUUAAAAGCACCUUAAAACUGAUUUCCUUACAAAAGCAAUGAAAUUUGUGUUGAUAUUCAGCUCUUUUAAUCUUCGUGUGUGUGUUUUUACAAUCCCAUGUCAAUUUCAGUGAGAAUUUUGCUUUGGAAAAGAAAACAAAAAAAACAAUCAGGUGAGAAUGAUCACUUUGUGGUUCAUCCGUGACGAAGACAAGUCUCACAUUUUAAAGCAAUACAUUUGGUAUGUUUAUGUUUAUGAUGUGUUUUCAGUGUGUCAGUGGCUUUAUCUAUAUUAUACAGUACACACCUGUAAUAAUGUAUUAUGUACUCCGACGCAGCCAAGGGCCAACUCUUGAUUGUCAGCGACGAGUCAUUGGAAACGAUGGCUGGUCCUGGCGAUGCUGCCCUUGACGCUCGAUGCUCAUGGUCACCCUUCACAUGUUUUGACUCUGGGGCUGAGCCGUUCCAUUUAUAGCUGCUCUCGAGCCUCGUAGAGGGGGGUGCUUCAGCGCCACAUGACAUUGCUGUUUCACUUUUCAGCGGAGCAGGAGAACUUCAGCAAUGACUUCCACUGAGCAAAACAACGGUACGUCAGAAGUGUUUGGGAUGAGUGUCACAAGUGCAACAUCAACUGUCAUAUUGCUGUUCAUGCUCGUGUGCUGUCCUCAUCCUCCACCCCUCCCACCCAGGCUGUCGACAAAACACUGAACACUCAACUCUUUUUUUUUUUGCCAAAAUGGACUGUUGGCAAAGGCCUCCUAAGGACUCGGGAGCGCACGUGUCAUCCUUCCCCUGCGACGUGUAUACCAAAUCAUGUUCUCGUAAAAAUUACAGUAAUGGAGCAAAUCCUAUGCAUUUCUCAUUGUGCAAUAUGUAUAGUUGUCUGUGAUGCAGCAGUGCCAUCUGUCGUGAAAACCCCGUAAUUGCAAUCCAGUACUAGUGCUUCUACGAGACCUCGGAAACCCAUGUGUAUUUCUGUUCAAGGAACCCCCCCAAGUCUUUCUGGGCAAGCAAAGCCUCCAGGUCUCUGCGCCAUACCGAUGUGAUUCUCCCCAGUCGCACUACUCAGUGAACCAGCCAGCCUUUAAUCUUCACUGUUUCUUUGUUUGUCUCUAUCGCUCAUUGGGAAACGCUGACCUGAAGACUUUUCUUAACGUAAAAGAAUCUAGAGGAGGCAAAUUAUAUGUAGAGUAUCAUAGAGUAACUAUAGAAAUUUUAUCAGAGUUGUUAUUGUUAUAUGUAUCACAAUGAACUGCUAUCAUAGAAGAGAGAAGAUUAUGUUAUUGUAGGCUCUGUACGGCAUACAGGGAAAGGGAAAAUGCUUUGCUUUCUUUUUGUUUGUUUGUUUAUUUACAUGAUUUUACCAAUAUGUUUUUUUAAAGUACAAGAGAAAAAUAUUUCAAACAAAAACAUUUUGAGUGAGCUUUUUUUUUUCUUUUCUCCUCCUUGUUGGCGGCGUCUGAGUUGAUAAAGUUAUUCAAGGCCUUUUUAGACAAUAUCCUAAAGUCACGUUAGCCAGGCCUUCUCAGGGGUGACAGGUUGAGCAAAUGCUAAAAAGACCAUCCAUUCAGGGUAUCCCUCCAUAGCUCAAGAGAGCAGGAAACACUGUACACAUGGAUGGAUUGAUUUAAAAAAUAGAAUAAACUUCAAAACUUACAGUGCUGUACAUGAGAGGACAAGGGGUGGAUUUUGGAAAAUAAAGCUUUUAGAACUUGUAAAAA